UGAAUUCUUUCCGUUGCUUCUGUUUACACGAUAAGACUUUUUUGUGUUAUUUUAUAUCAUCAAAGUCGUCAAAUAAACGCACUAAAUUUUAAAAUUGAUCGACAUGGGAUUAAGUGAAAGCAAAGAGGCGUUUGAGAAAGAUGAAAUUCAACAAACUCCAAAAGUUAACAAAGAGAUUGGUAUAUCUUCAAUGUGGGACCCACGUUCACCCAGCUCUCUCUUUGAAAGAACGCCAAUAAAAAAGAAACAGGAAAACUAUAUUGGUUGUGUAGAAAGCGAUCCAAGGUCUCCGACAUACGAUGUACCACGCACACCAAUCAAUACUGAAGAUGGCCACAUCACAGAAAAGAAUAGAAAUGUUUACAGUCAAUUGCGAAUGCAAUUGGAAAAGUUGCAAAUUCAUGAUGGUGGUCUUCACAACAUAACUGCAAGCACAGAGAAUCUUCAUUCUGAUAAUGAGAGCAUCAAUGUCAUUUCUCAGCAGAACACAGUGUUGGAAUUCCUUUCAAAAGAUUUUGAAUCACAGGACAAUACAGCACCCUGUCAUGAAGCUGCAUCACCCUUCUGCAAGUUUCAAAGUACUCCAAAGCAGUUGACUCCUCUGUCACCAAAUACACCAAUGUCAUUGGAUGAAACUGAUAGACUUGUCAAGAAAGGAAAGUCUCAAUCAAAGAAGCAACAUGACCAUCAAGAUAAGCUACAAAAGAAAGUGUUGAAGAAAUCGAUAGCUAGCAAUCAAGUGGCACGUAUGCCUCUGUCUCAACGCAAAAACUUUGUUGUGACCACAGACAACCAUUCAAAGCCAUCUUAUGGUGACAAAUUGAGAUCUAAAGCUUUUGUAAAAUACCGACAAUACAAUAACCUGGAGGAUUCCUUCAAUGACAGUUUAACUGGUAAAGAGAAUGAAAAUAUUGUCUGGUAGGACUGUGAAGGAGUCAUCAUGUGACAAUAACCAACAAAACCUUGCAUUAAAGUAAAACAAAAAUAGUCUGUAGGGAAACAAUGAAUAUUUUAAAGUUCACUAAUUAUUCAUAUAAAUUAGUAUAAAAAUUGGCAAUGUAACAUAAAUUAUAUCUUUUGGGAAAUUUGUUGUACUGUAUAAAAAUAUAUAAUGAUCUUUAUGCUUAA